GUUGGUGCAUGUAAGACGCGCCUACCGAGGCAAGACUGCUUUUUUUUCUCCGAGACAGGCGACAUGAGGUUCCAAGACACCUGUCAGGAGGACUACGCAUCCAGAGGCUGUGUGCGAACUGGAGGCUGCGUUUAAACCAUGGGCGCGCUGUUGUCGUUAUUAUAGCUUCUCGUUGACCAAGGAGCGUAAAGUUAUUCUGCUGCUUUCUUGGUUUUCUUUGUGUUAUUCCUUCUUUAUUUCCUCAAACCGGAUGAGUUCACCACUGUUUUUAGGCCAGCUGGUCGGGGUUCCGUUAGAAAUAAUGCACCCUACCAUGGAGAAAGACACGACUUACACUAAGAUCUUUGUCGGCGGGUUGCCGUAUCACACCAACGACGCUUCACUUCGGAAAUAUUUCGAGACUUUCGGGGACAUCGACGAGGCGGUGGUUAUCACAGACAAACAGACGGGCAAGUCCAGAGGAUAUGGCUUUGUGACCAUGGUGGACAGGGGAGCAGCAGAGUGGGCGUGCAAAGACGCAAACCCCAUCAUCGAUGGCAGGAAGGCCAACGUGAACCUGGCAUACCUGGGAGCAAAGCCUCGCAGCUCGCAGACAAGUCUUUCUGUUGGAGUUCAGCAAGUCCAUCCUGCGUGGGCUCAGAGGCAAUAUGGAUUUGCCCAGCAGUAUGUCUACCCCCAGACGUUCCUCCAGCCCAGCUUGUUGCUGCAGUCCCAGCUCAGCCCCACAGCUGCAGCACUCGCCUCCCCUUACCUGGACUACAGCUCCGCCUACAGCCACUACGCCCCCACAGGACUGGAGCAGUAUCCCUACACACCUUCCCCGUCGCCCUCUGCUGGCUACCUCAGCUACAGCUUCUCCCCCGGCACGCCGGCGUCCGCUCUCACCGCAUCCCCAACCCCUCCGGCUGCAAUCCAACCUCCUCUGGCUGCACUCACCACUAUGUCUGCCGCCCCACAGGCUUUCCUCCACUAUCCUCUGCACCAGCCGGAUCGCAUGCAGUGAGCAGUUCUUAGUGUAGCUGCAUCUGCUGAACUAAUGAUUCAAAGCAAUGUGACUGUUGACAUCGUCAGGAUAAGACUGGAUAAACAGGGAGAGAGUGUGAUGUAAUCAAAAGGGCUUUUAGAAAGCACUCACAUUCCUGUUUUUUUCUGUAUAUCAUUGUUGUAAAAAUUAAUGAAAAAUGUCGUAUUGCUGCUGUCAUCAGCAUACAAUCUGAAUGUUUUUCACAAGUGGUAGAUGUCCGGGACAGGAAUUAGAUCACUGGUAAUCUUCUGGACCUUUUUGUCUUACCGCUGACCCCCACUGCUGAGGUUGGUGGCAGGGCCGACCGCUGGAGAGAGGACAGGUAAAGACGUUAAGAAGUAUGUCUGCUCGACAUGAUGCUGCAGCUGCUGUUUCUCUGAAGGUACUGUGCUGAAUGCUGGAUAUUAGCCAAGCUGAGAGCCAGUUCCUCUUUCAGAAACGAAGGUCCAAUUUCCUCCUCUUCAAGGUUACCUUUCUGUCUAUGGCCUUAGAGAUCUCUCUCUCUCUCUCUUUCUGGACCUUGUUCAGUUUGUGUUUUUUUAGUAGACUCUCAUCUCAAAUGAACAAAAUGUGUAUUGUGCUCCCUUUUGUUCCUUUUAUUAACCACUGGCAAGUCAUAACAUGUUGAUCAUCAAAGUUUAACAGAAUAUGCAAUUAUGAUGAUGAAGGAUAAGCAUGGAUGAGGAAGACAACACUGGUAUUUUUUUUUUGUAUUGCUACUGCUAGAACAUUACUGAGCAAAAAACUUUGUCAACACUUUACACACAGUAGUCAUCACAUAAAAUACCUGCAGUGGCUUAUUAGCCUAUUUUUAAAUUUUGGAGUGUCUUGAUUUGGUCUUUGGGGACGGUUUGGUUUUAUGAUACCGAAAUUACAAAGAUGUCAAUACAUAUCAAGUAAAUGUGUUUGGAUGUAAGUGAUGAUGUUACUGAAUGUGUGUGAGAAUAUUUGGUGUCUAAUUCUCUGUGUGUGUGAGAAAUAGAGAGAUGCAGUAUACGCUAGUGUCAGGACCGAGCUCCAUUUCCAGCCUAUUGUACUGGUCAGAGUUGUUUCUUUGUUUUUUUUUUGUUUUUUUUCCAGCUGUAGAAUACAGACCAAUGCUUUAGUGAUGAAACUGAAAGCUCACGGGGCUGUGGCACCACCUUAGUAAAGUCAUAAACCAAGCCAUACAUCACAUUUUAAACAAAUAUGCAAAAUAAAAUGAAUAUUUCUGAAUAA